AUGAUGGAAUCGAAUGAAUCAACUCCUUUAAUAAAUGGCUCAACCAAUCAUAACCAUAGAGAUGGGAUUGAUAUCGUUAACAAUAGUAAAGAGGAUGUACCUAGUUUAGAUACAGUUACUAUACCCAUAUGUAAUGUUGUCAUCACUCGAUCCACUGCAAGUAUAUUCAUAGCUGUCAUUAAUGUUCUUAGCCAAGUUGGAAUGAAUAUUAGUUUACCUACUCUUUCCAAAACGAUCGAAUCUGGUCACUGUCAUAGUAAUCAGUUUUUUGUCCUAUUUUAUUCUGGUUUGUGGUUCCCCAUUCUUUUUUGGGCCGCUGUUGUGGUCGUCAAACUAUGCCGUCCAACUUUUAACGUCAGGACUUACACUUCUCACAAAUAUUUAAUUCUUUUGGGAGCAUUAAACGCUGUCAACGGAUUAUUGGUGGUAUAUGCUAGUCCACCCAGUAGAACAUCGCCCAGUUUACAAGCUAUUCUAAGCACAACUAUAAUCCCUUACACAGUUGUCUUGCGUUAUAUCAUUUUAAGAAAAGGUGUUAGCUACGGCCGAUUGAUAUGCACCGUUGGUACCCUAAUUGGGCUGUUUAUCUCCUUAGAGCCAAACAUCUUUAAUAUUAAUCAUAAACAAAGUAGUGGAUCGGCCUCAGCUAUAUGGCCUUUCGUGUUCGCACUAGGAUUUUUGCCAGUUGGUGUUGCAAAUGUACUACAAGAACGAGAGAUCAUGAAAGAUAAUAGGGAAGAAUCAUUGGUAUUUGAAGCAUGGAUGCAAGUUUAUAAUUUUGCUGGUUUAUCCAUGUUGUUUUGGACCGAUUUCAUUCCUGGCUUUGGAGAAGCAAAAACAUUUAAGCAAUUUCAAAAUCAGAUGAACUGCGGUUUCAUGUCUCAAUUUACUGGAAAUAAAUUUGUUCACUUUCCAUGGGCAGCUGGUUCGGCUUGGGUUUUCAUUAUUUUUUACUGUAUAGCAAAUAUGUCUUCCCUACUACUAAUCCGGUAUGCUGAUGGGGCAAUCUAUCUUGUGGUUGUUCAAGCACUUGUUACCCCAUUGGCUGCCUUCUUUUGGACACUUUUUACUCUUGAUAACGGCUUCCAUUGGCAUCCCAAUUUUUCUGUUUCUACUGGGUUUAUUGUGGGAGGAGUAGCGGUAAUAUUGCCAUGCGUGAUACUUUAUAAUUAUUUUGGGAUGAAGGAACAACAAGAAGCACAAAGACAACUAGAAAAUUCUCAUUCGCAUAAGAAAGAGAGCAAGGAAAUAUAA